GACAGAUAUAAAUGUUCAAUGCUUCUGGAAUUUUAUUUCACUUGCAUCUCAGCCUCUUAUCUGGAAGAAAAAUGAACAGGCUUGCUGUAGUAUUAAUUGUGCUGGGAUUCUUCUGGAAUGCAGCCUUUGCUUCCCUCCAGGUUUACAGCAUCCCAAGCCUCAACGGCGAUUACAUCCAGCAGUCCGUGACCAUAGACAAUGAGAAGAAAAUAGCCAUCAUCCAUAUCUACGAGGGAGCCUGCUCUUCUGAUACAAUUUUUGACUAUAAGCAUGGAUAUAUCGCCAUGCGGUUCUUUUCUCGACGAGCUUGCUUUGUCAUGAAGAUGGAAAAAGGCUACAUUCCGGAAAUAGAUGUAAUUGGACGGUUGGCUUAUGAGAGACAGAUGAUGAAUAAGAUGAUAUCAGGAUGGAACGUGUGGGCACAGUACGAACCUGCAAAAUCUUUCUUAGGAGAAAUCAAAGAGUGGUUUGUUUUUGGUAGCGCCAUUGAACAUCUCUGCAAGCAUGUACCCGUUUAUGAAGUUAAAAGAGUUGAACAUGAACCACAUGCCAGAGGUUGUAUCAAGGCUGGCAUCUUCGACAUUUUGAGAAUUAACAUUUGUGGUAGUAUCCACCUGUAACCCUUUGAAGUCUCUGAAGAUGCCCUGCAACGGGUUCAUUCCAAUGAACAAGCUUCUUCAACCUCUGGAUAUGUUCUCAGUGCUUCAAACAUCUUAGACUCUUUGUGCUUCCUUUAAAUUUUGCCUUGCAACCCUAACCCAAGAGCUGCUAAUAAAGAGCAAUUUCUCAGUG